GACAUGAAGAAACAAUACAGAUCAAAGUUCGCCAAAGUGAAGAUUAUCCAAUUGAUCUCUAUUACCUCAUGGAUCUUUCAGCUUCAAUGGAUGAUGACCUGAAUACAAUAAAGGAGUUAGGUUCAACUCUCUCCAAAGAAAUGUCAAAAUUGACAAGCAACUUCAGACUAGGUUUUGGAUCUUUUGUUGAAAAACCAGUUUCACCAUUUAUCAAAACUACAGCUGAAGAAAUAAACAACCCUUGCAGAAGUGUUCCAUAUGAGUGCUUGCCUACCUUUGGAUACAAACAUGUUUUGCCAUUGACCAAUGAUGCAGAAAGAUUUAAUGAAAUUGUGAAAAGACAGAGAAUCUCUGCUAAUAUAGACACUCCAGAGGGAGGAUUUGAUGCGAUUAUGCAGGCAGCUGUUUGCAAGGAAAAAAUUGGAUGGAGGAACGAUUCUUUACAUUUACUGGUGUUUGUGAGUGAUGCUGAUUCCCAUUUUGGGAUGGACAGUAAACUGGCAGGGAUUGUUAUCCCUAAUGAUGGGAGCUGUCAUUUGGACGACAAUAACGAGUAUUCCAUGUCAACUGUUCUGGAAUAUCCCACAAUUGGACAAUUAAUUGACAAACUUGUGCAAAACAAUGUUUUAUUAAUCUUUGCUGUAACAAAGGAGCAAAUUCACAUAUAUGAGAACUAUGCAAAGCUUAUUCCUGGAGCCACUGUUGGGCGACUACAGAAAGAUUCUGGAAAUAUUCUCCAGCUGAUCAUUGCUGCAUAUCAGGAGCUGAGAUCUGAAGUAGAACUGGAAGUCUUUGGAGACACAGAAGGACUCGAUCUCUCUUUCACUGCAAUCUGUAACAAUGGCACCUUUUUUCAACAUAAGAGGAAAUGCUCUCAGGUGAAAGUGGGAGAGAUAGUCUCUUUUAAUAUGACUGUAAGUCUCCCUACCUGUGAAAGAAGCAGAAGACAUAUUGUGGUAAAACCAGUGGGUCUCAGUGAUGUCCUGGAAAUUGAAAUUCUUCCACAAUGCAGCUGUAACUGUCAGGCCAAGGCUGAGGCGAACAGCUCCAAGUGCAAAGGGAAAGGAUCUUUUGAGUGUGGAGUCUGUAUCUGCAACCCUGGCUACGUGGGUCCACAUUGUGAAUGUGAUGAGAAUUCCCUCAGCACCGAUACUUGCAAGGGCUCCACAGAACAGAGCUCCUGCAGCGGGAGAGGAGACUGCUACUGUGGGCAGUGUGUUUGCCACUCAUCAAUGUAUGGAAGAAUUUAUGGGCCACACUGUGAAUGUGAUGACUUCUCUUGUGUGAGGCACAGAGGACUUCAGUGUGGAGGCAAUGGUGACUGUGAUUGUGGUGAAUGUGUGUGCCACAGUGGAUGGACUGGUGAAUACUGUAAUUGCACAACUGACACUGACUCCUGCCUUUCCGAGGAUGGGCUGCUGUGCAGUGGGAGAGGCAACUGCAUCUGUGGUUCGUGUGCUUGCACACAUCCAGGGGCUUCAGGAAGCACGUGUGAAAAAUGCCCUGUGUGUGAUGACCCUUGCAGUUCUAAACGGAGCUGUGUAGAAUGUCACUUGGCUUCUGAUGACAAGUCGCAGGGAGAAUGCAGUGAAAAAUGUAAAUUGGUUGAUGCAACUGUCAGCAUUGCAGAGGAUUUCUCAGAGGAUAAAUCCAUUCCCUGCUCUUUGCAGGGGGAAAAUGAAUGUGCUACUACAUUUCUCCUGACUACGGAUGAACAGGGAAGAACAAUCAUUCACAGCAUAAAAGAGAAUGAUUGCCCACAACUUCCCAAUAUUCCAAUGAUAAUGGUGGGUGUCACCCUUGCCAUCCUUCUGAUCGGCGUUGUUUUACUUUGCAUAUGGAAAUUGCUAGUGUCAGUUCAGGACCGAAAAGAGGUGGCCAGGUUCGAAGCAGAAAGAUCCAAAGCUAAGUGGCAAACGGGAACAAAUCCACUGUAUAUAGGCUCAACAACCACCUUUAAAAAUGUAACUUACAAGAACCAGGAAAAGCAAAAAGUGGCCAUGACUGCAGAUUUCUACUAGUGCUUCCAAGCGCUACAGACUUAGUUUGACUAGCAGGAAACCUAAAAAGACCGUACUGCUCUGACUUCUUCUCAGCUGAUUAUGUGGUAUUUGUUUGCUCACUGCAAUGGUACAAUAAUUCUGUUAGAUAAAAUACAUAUUG